AUUUGCCUCUGGAGAUGACAGAAGCCAUGGUUCAUCUCGUCCACUCGCCUCUGCACUGGAAGUUGUGCUGCAUCCAGGACUCCAGCCAGGACUCCAGCCAGGACUCCAGCAGCGACGAUGAGAACAUGCCACCGAACAUUCCAAAACAACAGACCCCCGAGAGCAAGAACCCCAAAGAAGCCAACUGCGACGACAAGACCCACGAUGACGCUUCCUCGACGGGUACAGCUACGCCUCCGUGGAUGUUGCCGGGGUUUAUGGGUUGUUACUCGAAGGGUCAGUGCAUUUCGCCCCCCGUAUCGCUGUCGUCGGUGGAAGCUGGGUCAUCUCCUCAACGGGUUCGAGCACCCACGAGUCUUACCACUUCCUCACCCGUGCUUCUGGGAAGUACACCGCGACCUUCACCGCUGGUUGGUGCUCGCACGAAACGACUGGAACGACGUCGAGCUCGUCGUGAAGCUGCCGGUCCAUACUCACGUCCUCGUAGCUCUGAUGACCAAGAGGACAAACCCGCCACCAAUCCUUCUGGCUCCAUUAGGCCGGCAAACGCGGAACCCUGUGAUCCAAAGCUGCGAACCUUCCGAUCGCGAGACACGUUUGUGCCGGCUCGAUGGCCUCACCACGUCGCCCAACGUCGAGAACUCUACAACCCGAUGGCCACUACUUCCGGUAGUGCCUCACUUUGGAUCGUGCCAGUGCUCGGAACCGUGUCGCGCUGACUCGUGCCGCAAUGCCCUCAUGAAUCUCUACUGCAACGUUAACUGUUGCCCGUAUGAAGGCAUGUGCGGCAACGGGUUGAACGAUUCUCCGAAGGUGUAUUUGGCGCGUAGCCUGCGGACUUCUUCGCUAGGUGUCGUGGCGGUCGAGGACAUUGCCGCUGGUGAGGUACUGGGUCAGUAUCUCGGAGAGAUCGAACACCUGAGCAUGAACCGGCACAACCGUCCGCGCAACACGGGCUAUCGACUUGUCCUACGAACGCGUCCAAAUUGUCCAAGUCACCCGGUUCGCGUCGCCAUCAACGCUGAGCGAAUGGGCGGUUUAAUGCGAUAUGUGAAUCAUUCCUGUGAUCCUGUUGCGAAGUUUGUGGAGGUUGGGAAUGAUAGACGCACGACGGUUGUGGUCGUAACUACGGAGCAAGUUCGCCGAGGCGAAGAAGUCACGGCGGAUUACGGCGACGACUUAUGGUUUGCAUGCCGCUGCUACAGCGCCUCGUGUCCUCACCGUGACAUUCAAGCAAGUUGCGAUCCGUGAGGAAAUGGUGGAAAUGCAGACCACGGUUUCUUCAUAUCUUCAAUGCUAGUGCGUGUAGGUAAGAUUACUUUGAUCCUGCUAUCUAUUCUUGUGAAUACAUGAAGGUUCGGUUUAACUUGGUGAGAGAUUCUGCAUGAGGAAUCAGUACGGGUCACGAUCCAAGGUCGCGUGAACAGUCGCCGCUUCAGAGCCGUUUGUCCCUUUCACGCGAAGACUGUAGUCUCCGGGUCAACUUCAACUUCGCGCCAAAAGAGAUCCACAUCGCGUAGACUGAUACACCAGCGUUCGGCGCCUUGGGCGUGGCGUCAAAGCGCGCGAUAUUUUCGCGCGUUGAAGCUCGACAUAAGGGGAAGUCGUGGUUCCGUAGUUGGCUGGACGAGAAGCACUGUGCUAUCUGUUGUGCGCUGCGCGCACUGAAGACUCCGUUCACUUUGACUCUCACUUUCGGAUCUACUACCGAGCCAGCAAGCACUUCACAAGCACCAGCAACUUCUGCGACGAACGCACGAUGGGCAAACAAGCGGGCAGCACGAACUACCUAAUGGCCGAGGUGAAUCGGCUCUUAGUGCUCGUGGAGGAGCACUUGUCACUGGGGAAGGACGAGUGGGAGCGUUUGGCUGCCGACUAAAAUGCAAACCGUCCUCGGUCUUGGUCCGAACGCGACUUCGACAGCCUCCGUCGCAAGUUCAAGGCAAUGUACAGCAUCCGCAAACCGACCGGCAAGGCGAACAUGCCACAUCAAGCAGGCCAAAGACUUGAAGAGAG